GACGCACAGAGGAGCUGACGGAGCAUUAAUGAGAUACUGGCCGGUUAGACUUCCAAGGGGAUGCAGUUUUAGUCGAAACACGCCUCAGUUUUCAGGCUCGAAUCUGCGGACUUGAACGCGCCAAAACUGGGAACAUUGUCGUCUUGUAACAGAAACUUUAGUGGAUUAAUUUAUUCUCCAAAAAAUGGGCUUGGAACGAUUUCGCGUAAAGACGCCGGGGACAGCAGAGCUUCCUCCCGGCUCACUCCUUUGUAUGAUCGGGCUGCUGCUCACUUUUUCCCAGCCUGUCUGUGAAGCGUUCAACUUGGACGUGGAGAACCCAUCUGUUUACAGCGGACCUGAAGGGAGCUAUUUCGGAUACGCCGUUGACUUUUAUUUGGCUGAUUCUUCCAGGUAAGCCUCUUGAAACAAAAACACACAAUGAAGGAGAGAGGGGAGUAUUCCUGUAAACCUCCUCCAGAACAAAGCCUCAAACUUUUGUUUGGGGUUGAAUUCAUCACUUCUCUAGGGUUGUACACAAACAUGUUGCGUGCAAACUUUCCAUUGCCUUCGACUGGGGAACCUCAAAACAUUUCCGACCCCAAUGUUAAGGUUGUCGGGCAAAUUUCCAGAAAGGAAAAACGAGAUUUAGUCGCUGAUUGUUGUUUUGGACCUGAUUUAAAUCAAGGCUUUGUGUACAUACUGUGAUCUCAGGACACAUGCAUGCUUUACGCACAGUGCGCACGCCCUCACUGUGCACACAGCUCACUGUAAUUGAAUAUAUUCAGGAAAUUACAUUUGAGUUGAACAUUAAAACUCCAAUAAUGCUAAUCUAAAAGAGUGGCUGUUUCCUUAUAAGAGGAAUCAACCUCAUGGAGGAUCAGGAACUUAAGGAGUCACCCUCGAAUACUCACAAAAUGACAUUUAAUUCUGAUCUUUUAAUCUGAUUUAGUUUGGAAAGCCUGUUAACUGCAACCUUAAGCUUUUAAAUUGUAUUAGAUUGAAACACUGCUGAAGAUUGAGAUGCUGCUGGCCCUCAGGGGGAUGUGAUCCCUGUGACACUCAGCAUGCUCCGAUUGUCUCUGCAUUCUUUCUAAUGGGAUUUUGGCAUCAGUCAUUUUGAGGGUCCUCAAGUCUUGCCUACAUGCCUGUGGUCAGGUCUAACCCCUCAGCAGUGAGAGGAAUAAAUAACCGAGUGGGUCACCCUGACUGUCCUAAGAGUGCAUAAACAGAAAGCAGUAAAGAGUAAAGCAUGGGUUCAUGAGAUGCUGACAGAUCCGUGUUUGCGUCCUGUACAUUCUGGUGAGCCUUGGACCCAACCCUGUAAUCGUAAUAACGAUUAACAAAAGGUUUGUGGCUGCGGUCAAGGUUUCACUCAGACGUAAUCAGACUUCCUGGCUGAGCCCGUGUCUCGGCCCAACGUUCAACCAGCCAGCAUGCAGGGAUUUCAGAGAGGGCUUUGUGCCGAGUGGGCCGUCAGCAGCAGCAGCUCCAGUUUCCCCUGUUUCUCCUCCCUGCUUCCCUGGACGGCAGACACCCAGACAUGGGGAAAAUUCUCCCCCUCCUCCUCCUCUUCUCUCACCCUGCUCUUUGCUGUCUCUUUAAAAGCCUGCUGCCACUGCUCUUCCCCGAGAAGCUGGAGAAGAAAGGUUUGAUUUAGGAUGUGAAGCCUGGACGUAUGGACCCCCUUCUCUCCUCAGACCCCCUCCUUGUUUUCCCCGCUAUGCUGAUGUCAUCCUGCAGGGCUUUUAAAUUCACCCACCACCCUACACCUCCCCUCUACCUAUACCCACCCACCGUCUAGCCUCCCCAUCAUCUCCCCUUGUCUCAUUAAGCGUGAGACACAGUAGACGUCAUUUUACUCAUGACUAAAUCUGAAGUUCCUCCAGCUGAGGAGCCACGGAGGAGGAGAUGAGACAAAGGUUUGUGUGUGCAGAGCAGGAAUAACGUAAACGCAGCUUCAUAACUGGUAAUUUUCCUCUGGAUGAUAAGUGUGCAGAAGUCAAAUGUCAAACAAAACAAAGUACAAGAGAGCCGAUUUAGGAGCAUGAAUCAGAGCUGAAUUUAGAAACCACAUUUAUCUGCCGCUUUUCAACCCCUCUUUUCUUAGAAGUCAACACUUAGAAACAUAUCAGCAGCGUCUCAAAAUGAGUUUCUGUUAUCUCUCUCGUUCAUGCCGUCACAUCAUCAUCAUCGCCCACAUUCUGGGAGACAGGGAGAAGGGGAGUAGCCGGAGUCCCCCGGGGUGAGGUCAGUCCAGGGUUGAACAGGGAGUCUCUUCAUGUCAGAGUGAGCUGCUGUGAGUCUGGCUCCGACCUUCAUGAAUAAACUUGUUGCUGCUUUUGAACGACUUUAUUUAUCACCGUCUGACUGGAAAUGUAGAGAUGAGGCAGGCGGAUAGUUCGCACAUCUAUUAAAGGCUGGUGAACACAAAGGCUUAUUUUCUCCCACUCAUUCUUGACAAUGAGUUUAAAUAUGUGUCAUGCCCUCCGGCCCAGCCUAAUAGAAUUAAGUUUGGACACUGGCAGACAGCCCACCAUGGAGGACCGCCUGAGGACAGAGUCUGCGGACUGUGUGUGGCGACUCCUGUCAGAAACACACACACAGGAAGGGCAGGAGGAUAUAUGCUCCCCUGUUGUGUUUGUGUGUUAUUUCAUGUCGAGUGAGGAUGAACUCCUCACAUGUUCAGACACCCUCCUUCUUCAUCAUAGGAAAGACUUCUGAGGGGCCGAGUCUUCCCCCCAAAAAAAACACUAAAUAAUCAAACAUCAGCAACAGACUCCUCUUUGACUUUCACCGGUGCCAGGCGGUGAUAAGGGAGUGGAUCAUACUGAGAUAGAAGGGGUCAAAGGUCAGGGGCUGUAAAUAAUAACAGACCUACACUAGAGUGUAUGAAAGGAUGAGACAGCCUCUGGUGAGUGUGGAUAGACUUGGAGAGAUAAAGAACAUUUGGGGCGAGUUGCUGUAGUUGUUUUUUGUUACUAAUGAGUUUGGUCCUGCUCAGGGUUUCUGCCUGUUCAAAGGGAGAUGUUUCUGCUGAUAUGACAAAAGUCUUGCUAAUUGGGCCUCAGAGGAAAGUCUGGACUAAGAUAAAGUUUGGUUCCGAAAAUGAAAGUUAAUGGUUACUUUUAUAAAGUUUCAGCUGAUAUUCGAGGAAACGCUUUCCAAAGGUUGCGCUAGGGCUGGGCGAUAUGGCCUCAAAUCAAUAUUAUAAUACAUUGAGCAGUUCACCUCGAUAACCAUAAAUGGACAAAAACUACACCACAAGCUGUUCACCCCCUCCCACAUUAAUAGGGAUGGGAAUUGAUAAGAUUUUAUCAAUAUCGAUACCAAUAUUGAUUCUGCUUAUCGAUUCAAUUCUUUAAUGAUUCCCUUAUCAAUGCCUUUUUGAUUUGAAAGAAAGUAGACAAUAGGUUUUCAGCCUGAACUCAAAAUUUUAUGGAGUCUCUGUUCUCGUAUGCGUAGACUGGAGUAAACCAUUUGGAACCGGUUCUCAACAAGAACUUGUUUUUGAUUCCCAUCCCUCCAACAUUAACUUCGUCUACUUCAGCCGCUACAACUUUUGAACCGUCCUCCAUCUCUUCAACUGUCUUUCCCUCUUUUUUAUGGACUGAAUGUGGUGGAGUUAUAGGACAGCGUCUUAAAGGGAAAUGAGACCAUAGCCUACCUACACACAUCCAAAACCAACUUUUAUUUAUUUAUUUGAAUAUACAGACAUGGGCAAAAUGUCGUCGGUUAUUGUCGUAAAUUUUGGUUUGUCACAUGUCACUCUUUUGUGAGUGACAUGUUUGUAUUGCAGUUUAUGAUGAAUGAGUCUCCCACCAUGUGUGAAUAAAACAAGCGCCACACAGUUCAGGAUAUCUACUGCACUAAUCCAGAACAUCUAGCUUCUGUGCAACAGUUUAGCUUGUUUAAGUAACAUCCUGGUACCUUAGUCAAGCUCAGCCCAGCACUGACUCACAUCACCACCUCUACUCAUUUCUGUACUGAUAUCUACAUAAUGGAAUUAAGGCCAAAAACAAGAAAAGGACUUCAGGGUUCGAGUCAAAAAGUCAAAUCUUCACUCAGAGAUUAUAGAGCCGUUAAAAAACACUUCAUGGUAAUGGAGGACUCUCUGAUAAGGCUGGUAAUCUGUUCCAGUCUGGCCAUGUGUUUCAGAGAUGUGCAUUAGCUCACGUCUGAUUCAACCAUGAAGAGUACAUGUGGAGGUCAGUCAGUGCAUGUAGGUCACCCUCCAGGAGUUUACUCUCUCCACAAGGUUAGAGUUAAACUAAUAUUGACAUUGACCUGGUUUUCUCUCAUUUGACCACUAAAGCAGCGCUGUUUUCUCUGACUACACCAUAUAUGAUCACCCUCAUUUUCUGUUGUUGCUUUCCAGCGGCGUCCUCUUCUGUGGGCUUGUUUCUAAACCAAACCGGUGAAGUGUUUGAGCUGCAGGAGCAGAGUUUGUAUAUUUGAGCUGCCAAGGUUCUCAGACAAUGGAGCCCUUUGUCCGCACGACUGAAAAUGUUUACUUGUUUUCCAUUUUAAGAGAUUUAACUAUGACUCAUUUCUUACUUAACUUAAGAAAAGCUCCUUUAAUUCUCUGUUGUCAAACUUUAUGUGCACCUAUGAUGAUCAGGCUGGCAGGUCGGGCACCUAAGUGUGUGUUGCUGUAAAGGUCAGUGAGGAUAUACUUAGCGCGGUCGCUCUGCAGACUGUCUCAAACCUUUUAAACUCUGCCCUGUCUAGCUUUCCUGGUCGGCUGUUUGAGGGUCUUUUAAAUAAUGAGCCUGUGUGUGCUUGACUGGAAAAAGGAGUCAGUGACGAUGUGUUUAAAGGGCCGUUGGACCCCGCUGCUGUCACGUCUGCAGCUCUAGGUUUGGGAAUGCCCCCAGGACGUCAUGUCUACCUUUGAACGGAGUCAGUUAUUGGUCAGGGUCGUCCUGACUCACACUCUGCUAGAUUUUAAUCUCUCACUGCCAGGAGGCCUGGUUUGUUUUAACCCCAGCAGGUCGUGAAGUGACUCACAUGUAUGGUAACUUGAUAAAAGCGAUUCUUUAUAUAGAAUCAGGCGAGUGACGCCAUCGUUCGCUCGUGCGCUGGGAAAUCCAACUGGAAGGCGUUCAAGCUUACGUCAUAUCUCAUAUUGGAGAUGGAAAUAAGACAUACACGCUCGCCGUUUCUGUCUCUGCUUUGUAGGAAAGGUGUGGGUUGAGCAGCAGUUGGGGGUGUGCAGACAAAGUGUUUCAACAGCUGCAUCACCCCCUCCCUCUGCGAUCACCACAUUUAAUACAACAGCCUCUCUCUAUCCCGAGGUGAGAGGACUGGACCCCCUGACGUGGGCAUUGUGGAGAGGUGUGAACCAGCAGCAGUUAAACUCCUCGCAGGAGGAUUUUAGGGCAGUUUGGCUGUGAAAAAAAGACAGGGAGGGGUCGCAUUUGAGGGUGGGGGUGGGCGCAGUUUGGUAUGGGAAAAUGCACGGGCUUGAACCCGAGUCAUGUUGAAGUUUUAAAGUUGCAGAAUGCUUGAAAUUUCUCACUCGGCACUUGGGAAAUGCUUUUUGCAUGGUUGGUGGUUUGACGGAGCAGCUGCUGGUUUACACACAUUAACAGUAAAAGCACACAUAUGGAGGGAAUAAUACAGACGCAGAGUGACGGUGAUGCUUGUUGAAAAGUCAGUUGUUCGAAUGUCAGCUGCUAAAUCAACUUGCUGAUUCAGUAUCAAGGCGGGUCACGCCCACACAGCCGCAGAAUAGUGUAAAAUCAUCAAGUUUGAACUUUGAUGUCCAAUGGCUUUUGGACGUCGGAGCUUUUUCCUGUGUGACGAUAAACAACGCUGUUGUACUUCCUCGGCAAGCAGCGCUUGUAAUUUUCAGGCCACCUGUUGCUCAACACUAGUAUCCUUUCGAGGAUACAAAGGAAGCGGUUUUGUGGUGAUAGUGGAAUCAGAUCCUCAACAGACGGGACUGUUUAUCUGAUCAGCUCAGUUCAGACCUCAGUUGCUCCUCUUCAGCGUGGAGAAAUGUCUAUAAAUUGUUUAAAAAGUCUUGAUUCGCUCUGAUCCGUUAGAGAAACAAACAGCUCCUCCGGCGUCUUACAGCGCCAUCUGAGCGUCAAAGCAAAAAUGUGGCUUUUGUACAGGACAGUAAACUCUCUGUAGUCAGCACACGCCACCCCAGCAGGCACUGCUACUCUCAUCAUCCCCAGACUCCUGGACAGCAGUGCAGAAAACACGUGUGUGAGUGAGUGAGGAGGUCGUCUAGAUUGUCCAUAUGGUGGACGCAAGAGCCGUAGCAGCUCCUGUCUGGCCUUGGCUUUGAGAUGAACACGAGACCAGUCUUAUGGCUCCAUGUGGUCUGGAAUCAGUCGUGACACAUGGAUUUAGCUUCUCAUUUCUGUCAUCCAGCUGAUCUCAUUGGAAGUGCCCACGCCUGCUUUGAAAAGUAAAUAUUACAGCAGCAUGACAUCAUGCAGCUAUUCAUUAAUUUCUCGAGCAGGUCGGCUAACUACUCGGCUUUAUGUUUCCACUGCUGUUGCUCCAGCUCUUGUGUAAUGUUUCUCCAGAGUUGCGUUGAUGGAGAUGUUUGUCGGAUUUCUUAGAGCGGAGAAGGUCAAGAGCUGCCUCUGGUCCCGAUCAGGUCACUGCCCCUUAAAGAUAUGGAACCACUCCAGAGUUUAAGCAUGUGUUGAAAGCUGAGUGUAAACUAUGCGGGUGACUGUACAUGCUUCCCUGAGGUGUUGCUGAGGUUUGAAGGCCACUACCCCCCUCCUCUACUUUCUCCCACCGUCUCCAUUUGUGCUGCGGCGCUCAUUGAGCCCCGUUUAUGACUGCAGAUGGUGACUCUGGCAGGCUUAACAAAUGUGAUUUUCUCCUCUGACUUUCUAGAUUAAAGCUUUUGUCAUAGUUUUAAAGUGACGUCAGUUUGCAGCUGGGGUGGAAGACAAUUAAAUGUGGAAAUGUUUGGGCUAAAGGGGUGUGGGUAGCAGAGGAAUUUGCCCUCUUACAGCCUCGUCCUGUAACCUCAUCAUAAGGCGUAUUUGCAAUCGUGAUCGUGUCACAUCAGCAAGUUCCAGCACCCCUCAUUUCUUAACCCUACAUAAAAAAGUGGUUUACAGUCUGGCGAUUAUGGUGCAGUGGGAGAAUUUUGGUAGCUCCAAAUAGGACGAACCCGGUCUUUGCUUACAGUAACGCUGUUGUUUAUUGCAGCUUGAUUCAUUUACAGUAGUUUAAUUAAUGUUUAAUUGUCAGCCGGGUGGUGGAGAUCAUUAGUGGCGGUUGAAUUGGGCUGACUUUGCAAAGUGGUGAAGCCGCCAAUGCAUUUCAACCACAUACUCCCCCCACUAUUUAAUUACACAAGUCUCUUACUUUUCGCCAUUGCAACAUGACACGUACAAAUGAGCAAGUACGGAUUAGUUUAAUUCCAGUAGCCAAAACAUUUCACGAAAGAUUGGUUACGGCUUUGCAGCUUUGCCUGCUGUGAUUCCUCUCAAGCCUGCGACGGUGCUGCCUCCAGCCCCUCUGUGAGCGGCCUUUUGUCUAGACACACUUCAGACACUUCGACUAAACACGACCUGAUGAGUCCGUCAUUCAGCAGAACAGCUGAGGAUCACCGGCUCCCCGACCAAUUACAUAUAUUUGCAUAUCCAUCCCAAGGGCCAGCAAUACACUCCACCUACUCUUACAAAGGAAUUCGUUAUGCAGCACUCAGCCGACUGCAGUUUGAGCUUCAUUAAAUGCUAAUGAUAGCAAAGCUUUACCUUUGGAGCACACAGCCAGCAGAUAAGGUGUGGGGCGGGGAAAUGCCAGUUUAGAUCUAAACAGAUCCACGCCAGAUAAAGACCCAUUAAAUGCUAAUUUCUCUUCAUUCGCUGUACUUUCAGAUUGCAAUCAGUAAAUGUGUGUCUGCACAUCUGCGCUUAACUGCGUGGUGAAAAAAACUCCUUCCAGCUGCCAGCUUGCUGAAAGCAUGAUCAGCUUGUUUUGUAUUUCCUUUAUUAUUUCCUCUUGGCGAAUACCGCUGGACUCAGUCCAGAUCUGUGACUUCUAGUGUCCUUGGCCUUGCCAGUAUAUGUACAUUUUCCUCGAAUGGUGUCAUGCAUACAUGCGCUCACAAAGCGAUUAUUCCCAGUCAGGAGGAAUUCCUUUUUUUUCUUUCUGUUGGCUCAGAAACUUUGCAGAGAUUAUCAUUCUUGCAGUUAAUCUUUUGAAGACAUUUUUAUCCAGCAGAUAUCUAUGACUUGCAGGUGUUGAGCAUGCCAGGCUCGCUUUUUUUUUUUUUACAGAGAAUAGCUGCCAGGGUUAAAUAUUUACAGACUGCUUGUAUAUUUGUUUAAGGGAGAGCCCUGUUAGCGUCAUUUUGAGAACCCCUGAUCAGAACUUCUACAUGUAUUAUUGUACAGGUGGAGCUCUGCAUAUGUGGUCAGAAACUUUAUUUCUCCGAGAGUUGGACGAGUUUGUUUCUUUUCCUCUCUUUUCAACACAAACCAGGACUUUCUGCUCCACAUUUAGAACUGUACUGGAUGUCUUCUGAGGUAUCAAGACCACAUGUAACGGCGUGAUCCUGAGCUCAUAACGUCUGCUGCGGUAUCCUAACUUUGAUCCCCGUCAGUUGAGUGUUUUGAAAACCUUCAUUGCUGACAUGAUUUGAAAGCUUUGUUCUGACCACUAAGACAAACCGGCCCACUUUGGUGAGAUUUUUCCAUGAGCCAUCUGAGAGUGAAUUUUGACAUCAAGGUCUGAGAGUCAGUUUGUAAGUUGUGGAGCUACAUUUCUGUUUGCUAGUUUAGCUCAUUUGUGUAAGUUUGACAAAAGCCAAUUAGAGUAGAUGUUACACAAAUUAGCAUUUUAGCUGAAAAGAAGGUAGUUUUUGCCAAAUUCAGUUUAACGGUAUGAUCUUUCCAUUCAAUGUACGACCUGACAGCCCUCCAGAUUUUCACUAGUAUUCACUUAAAGGGAUAUUCCGGCAUAAAAUUACCAACUGCUUGCUUCUCUAGUUAAACCAACUUUAGUAACGACCGCACAGUAGCAAUACACAGCGGUCUGAGGAACCAUAAACAAACCUCAACCAAAACGCCACUCUAUAGCCACAAAUAAUGCUCAGAACAGCACCUAACUUCAUCAACAGGACAUAUAGGGUCCCAGCUAUAGUACUAGACACCAAACAUCUUUUGAACUUGGCCUGGUUUCAUUACGGACAACUGCGGAGUUUCGCAGCUCAAGAAAGAACAUUUAUGAUAAUUUCUUCAUGAAAAUGCAAUCAGACAGAGACGCUAAGGCAAAAGAACUACCUCAUCUGCAGGGCAAAAUGAUUAAUAUGAUGAUUAUUACCUCAAGGAAAUGAUAAAAAAUUAUUAUAAAUGUUCUUCCUUGAGCUGUGUCACCCCGCUGUAGUCACUAAUGGACUGGCCUGAGGUCUCGCUACAAACAAGCGGCUGUUGGAAGAGAGUAGGUGAGUUGUGUUUAGUCUCUUUGCUAAAGAAAUUAGGGAAAGUUAAAAAGAUGUCUGUUGACUAGUGCUAUGGCUGGGACCCCAUAUGUACUGUUGAUGAAGUUAGGUGUUGUAUAGAGUGGCCUUUUGGUUGAGGUUUGUUGAUGGGUCAUCAGACCGCUGUGUAUCGCUAUUCUGCGGUCGUUACUAAAGUUGGUAUAACUACAGAAGCAAGCAGUCAGCAACAUUCAUCUCUCGAGGGGUUUUCUAACUCAGUGUUACAGUGGGUUUGACCCUAAAUUAAUUUUACGCUGGAAUAUCCCUUUUUACUAUCAAUUUAUCAGAUGCACCAUGUUCUCGAGAAUCAACACACCCCGGUACCAUAUUAAGACAAGAUCUGACUCUGAGUAUGAUGUCAUGUGAUUUCGGUAAAUUGGCAAGUUUAAUUACACUCUGACUCAUGCUGGCUCCCUGUCUUCCUCUGGACCCUUGGGAGUAAUGCUCUCGGGGCAGGAUGCUAAGUUUAGCUAAAUUGUAAACCUUCAUGCACUAUUGGAAGAUCAGGGUCCGGAAAGGGUGGUCUUUUCCUGUUGUUGGAAUCCCCCUAGACACCGUCUGGUCUCAGUGGUCUCAUGCCUCCUUAACCGACAUCAAUGCCAGCAGCUUUUUCUGCGAUGCUUGUCGGGUCAAGUCGGUCCAGAGUGAGGUAAUGGCCAAGAGAUCCACAUGUGCACUUCUGUCUACAGGGAGAGUCUUAACUUCAUCAUUCUGGCAUUUUGGUUUUAAUAUUAGCGUGUCGUCCCUCUCUGCCCUUAUGUCCCCCUCUUUCAUCUCUUUACUCUGUCAUUUCUGUAACCACUGAUUUCUCUUUUUUACAGUGAAGCACCAAGGACAUAAAGGUUUAGUGUCACAGCUGUAGAAACACGAGUGCGACUCCACUUAGCCUGUCUGCUGUCUUGUUUUCCUAUCCAAUCUGCCCCUCAGGGAUGCAUGCGUGACCGUGUGAGUGUUUCUCCUUGUGCGUCUGAGCGCACAAGCGGAGAGUUUUCUAAGCAUCACAUGCGCACAUGUCAAAGCAGUAGUUUUCCCUCGCUGUAUGGGAUUAUGUAAAACAGUGCUGCAACCUGUUAAAAUGUUUUGCUUCUGAGUCAGAAUACGGCUCGCUAAGCGGCAAAAUGUGCACGCCGCAUUGUCGAGUGGGAGGUCAGGAAUGCAAUUUUUUUAAUCAAAACCAGGUUGAGAGCUACAAAGCUUCGCAAUUUGCAGGGUUUUUAAGGAUCCUGCGGUCUGGUAAACUUGUAACUCUGGAUUUACUGCAAGUUUUUCUCUCUUUUUGUGUCUUUUUUUUUUGCAGCUCCAGUGUGGUAAUAGGAGCACCUAAGGCCAGCACGCGGCAGGUAAACGUUACAGAGGGAGGAUCCGUGUUCUACUGUCCGUGGAGCCUCGACCAAUCAGAUUGUCACGCCAUAGAGUUUGAUCCAAAAGGUAAAUUUUACAAUUGAUCUGUUGGGUUUUUGGUCAGCUCAGCUCAGCUCCUAAAGGUAUUUCAGAGUAUUUGUCUUCCUUGUCAUCAGAGUGGAGAUCUGAGAUCCGGAUCAGGCGUCAGCGUUCCACUUUAGUGAACUCAAGGUGGCUACAUCGGUUCCUGAAUGAUCCUUUCUGUCUGUUUAGGGGCUGAAAAGAUAAUAGAGUGUUGAAGAGGGUUUCUUGAAGGAUGCUCCUCCCUUCCUCUCGGUCAUGUUUGUGUUGCCUUGCCCUGGGUGCUUUUUUGGAGAUAAGCAACCAAUAAACAAAUACGUCAGACAAAGAAAUGAGCUGUUGGAACGACAGGUAAAGGAGACACCACCGGUACAGACAAAAAGUCUCCAGUUGAGUCAGAUUUGGGUAAAGUGGUUUUUGGAGACCACGAGGAAGUGCGGGAGCUGGUCUAAUGAAUGGAUUCAUGUUUCGGUGUGUUGACAGAGGAGCCCUCAGCCUGUUUGCGUCAACAGAGACAAGACGGAGUGAGGAGAGAGACAAUCACGGCAAAAAAGACGGUGUUGUUACAAGCUUUUAGGUCAAACACAAUAGUAGUUUGUAUGAAUUAAACUUACAAAGGGACAGACUUUGCUGCCUUCUUGGCUGCUUUCCCGAGCUUAACAUGGUGCGCCAGCUUAAAUUUACAGUCCAUAACGCACAAUAGGGGAGAAAUAUUCCACUGAGUGUUUCACAAGCCUGCUUUAACAACAUUCUUUUAUUGGACUCCGCUGCUUGGUACCCUAUUUUUGCACUGUUUUUCUUGCAACAUAAAAUGUGUUGCACAUCCAGGGGUGCUGGCUGGAGGCCACGGCGAGUGAUGUCAUGUGUAGCAGCAAGGCCUUACAGGGGAGGUUAGUCCCCCGGGCUGUCAGAGAACGUCCUUCAUAUAUUUUAAAGGGCUUUGAAGGGGCUGAUUUGAGUGCCAGAGCUGCUUUUGACAUCUGGAUCAUGGCAGAAUCUCUGUACAGUGUAAGGGAGCGUGGACAUCUGCAUUCAAAUGCAUCCAUGCCAAACAGCUGUUGCAUGGACAUUUACUGCUGUGAUUCAUUCACUGGAGUUGUAGCUCUGUUCCUUUCCAAUUCUGAUAUUGAAAGCCAGAGACAUAAAAAAAUACAUGUUACUGGCGAAUCCGUGUGUUCUGACUCCCAAGUCGUCAAAUAUAUAGUAAAGAGAUGUGUCAAAAUAAGUCUCUUUAGGUACCGUUCAAGCUACAUCUCCAGACCCUCGUAUAGCUCACUGUUUCCAUGAGACGAGGUAAAUAAGAGAGAUGACAGAGAAUGAAAUCCACUUGGAGGGUCAAACAAACACUGAGCUUGAGACCACUAUUGGACUAGAAGUUCUCACCAAGUAUGACAACAAAGUUACGCGGUACUGCUAUAUUUAUAACACCAGUGUUAAGUUAUUUCAACCAUAUUCUAGUGAAGACUGUCUGAGGCUGACAACAACAACAACAAAGAAAAGGUUUGGGAAUUGGUUCAGCUACUGGUUUGAGAAUUUUUUUGUUUUGUUACUCUAAUCACUAGUUUUAAUGAUAUUAAGAUUACACGUUUAGCGAAAUAGUGUUUUUUUUUUAACUUGGGUGACAGACGAGCUCCCUUUAGAUGUUAUUUAAGAAGCUGAAAGAGAGCCUUUACUCCGUCUUUAGUUUGGCUAAAAGUUGGAUUGGGUUGGCUUUGCUAAGAUGGUGUUUUUUGUAGAUGUGCUUGAAAAGUCAGUUUUAGUCAGCUUACUAUAUGAAAUACAAUGAUACGAUACAAUAUAAUUUGAUACGGCACAAUGUGAUACAGUAUGAUACAAUACGAUAUGGUAUAUGAAGCAAUAUGAUAUGAUACAGUUUUAUGUGAUACAGUAAGAUACGGUAUGAUAUGAUAUGAUAUAAAAAAAUAUGCUAUGAUAUAAUACCAUAUGAUGGCAUAUGAUAAGAUGGCGUACAAUGUGAUGCAAUAUGAUACGAUAUGAUAUGAUAUGAUAUGAUACAAUAUGAGAUGAUAUGAUACAAUAUGAUACAAUAUGAUACAAUACGAUACGAUACGAUAUGAUAUGAUAUGAUAUCCUAUUUUGGCCAUACGCUACGCUAUGGUAUGGUACUGUUUGAUACCAUAUGAUAUGAUAGAUACGAUAUCUUACUAAACGUUAUGUUACGUUACGUUUCAAUAGGAUACACUUCCAUGCAUGGCCAUAAGACAUGAUAUGAUAUGAUAGAUGAACUGUUUUGUACUGUCAUGCUGAAGUGCUAUCUCUACAUAUGGAUACCUUUAAUUCAUACAUGUGUAUCUUUCUAUAAGACAACUGCUUUGAUGCAGCAUAGUUAUUCAAGCCAGAUGGACCCCGUCAUUAGUGUGUUACUGAGAUAAUCAUACUUUGAACCCUACGGUCAAAGAGAGGUGUAGAUAAAUCAAGAGUAAGAAAAUGUUUGCCUGUCAAAGAUCUUCUAUUUGAGAUAGUCUCCUCACACAGUGCUGCCAUGGUAUAAUUUAUUGUCCUCCAAAUUAUUGAAUAUUGGCAUUCUCUGAUAAAGUGGUGUCAUAGGUCUCCCUGUCUCUUGGUGAGUUUGAGCUCUGACCCACAGGCCACAGACCCUCUUAAUUAGCCUAACUAAUUGGGUCAAAGUGGUGAGAGGCCCCCUCCCAUCCACUUCCUCUUCCAUUGAGAUAAGAGCCUUUCUAUGGAUCUAAGAGGGGAGCGAGGGCAGCAGGGAGGGUGUCGGAGGGGCACAUACAGGAUGGGAGGAAGGGUGAGAAAGCCAGGGGAGGAGUGAGGAGACGGAGGAAAAGGGAGAAACCAGAGCCUCUUUUUUUCUGCUCCGUCCCCCUCCUCUCUCCUGCUGUCGGUACUCCCACAGGGGCGGCUGAUGUGAUGAGAGAAUUUGGCCAUUUGUCUUCCAGCCCAAGUGACACACACAAAAAACACACAAAUGCACACACACAAAGAGGGGCUCUAACCUCACUAAUGGCUGUCCUCUCACACACAGUUCAAAGGUAAAGUCAGUCUACGAAUGCACUCCAGACCCUCUGCCGGUCCCGGGGGACACUGAGCUGGGCACCGUGUCACUUUAGCGCUAAUCCGCCUCCCCAGGGGACCUCAGUCUGAGGACAGCUCUUUUGUGGCACUCCUCUUAGUUCCUCGCUAUCUCUCUUUAAAAUCUCUAUUUUCAUUGAAAGUGAUUCACAUGACUCCAGCUGACUUCAUUCUCCUCAUAGACAACAAGCAGGCCUUCUCAACGCCUAUUACAGUGACACAGAACAUAACCAACACUGGAACUAAUGCUGUCAUGUGAGAACUUUGCUCAGCCUCUUCGGGCGGUUAUGUCGGUAUGUGUCCUCUGUUUUCUAUGGCAACGAGUUAUAAUUAAUCAGCUGUUAUUUAUAUUUUUACAGCCCAGAAACCCAUUAAAAGUCAUCCCGGGACACUUAAAUAUAGAGCGAGUCCAGACUUUGAGAGAUUGUUUUGUUGAGAACCAAUAUUAAUCUGUCAAUGAGCAAGGACUGAGAAGCACAGACGGACAAGAAAUUUGGGUAGAGGAGGGAGAGAUGGAUAGGAACAAAUAAACUGUCGGACUAACCCCCAAUUUCCACCGCAUCCAGAACGGCUACGAAACAGCCGGAUCCGCCAAUCGCAGCCGAUCGUAACUAUUCAAGUCAAUGUGUCAAUUUCCACCGGCUUCAUUCUGUUCCGUCGCGGAUCGCCGGACUCCGCAGCUGAUCGCAAGAGUUCUAUUUUUCUCGGACGCCGGAGCAUGCCGGAUAAAUUCAGCACAGAUUAACCCGUGCUGGAAAAGAAGUCGGGCACAGACACAAAAUAAAAACAUCCAACAUCUUUUAAAAAAAAACACUCCUUGUUUCAGGCGGAUCAUAUUUCACACCAUGCAAACGGGUGGCAAAAAUGGAGACUAAGUUCUUGUGAGUUCUCGCGAUUCCUGAUGUCCGUAAUCCGCCACGAAAUUCGCCUCACAAAUGGAUCUGGUAGGAAUUGGCGACGGCGAAAAUCACAGCCUUUCGGGUCAGAGCAGUUCCGGAUGCAAUGAAAAUUGGGGGUUAUGGGCGCAUUGCGAAUAAUUGUAGAAAAAUCCCUAACAUUAGCAAAGACAGUAAUUACAAUAGGUGUAUGGCAAAUUAUAGUAAAGGGAAGAGUACCUUGGUCUUGUGGCUAAAGGUUGUGUUUGCUAACUCACUAGCUAACAAGAAAACUGUUAGCUGUAAAGAGUACAGAUAUACUCUAAUUUGAGGACUUUUAAAUGGAGGCAAAUAGUGCUUUUGGAGGCAGUCUCAAUUCCUCAAUCCCUGAGGAACUCUUGACGAGAGGAACCCUGGAAUAAAAGACGAGGAAAACAUGCUAACAUGUAUUAAACGGACAUGAGUGCAGAGUGCGGAUCACAGUUACGGUGUAUGGAUUACAUGAGGACUUUUCUGCUGCUACAUGUGACACGACUUAAACAGACACAGCAAAUUCUCAGCCCAUACCUCUCCGGUGGUUUUUACAUCGACCUUAUCCAAACAAAGACCUCUGAGUUAUGAAAACACUUACGGGGCAUAUGCUUAUAGGAAAAGUACCAUGCAGCUAAAGCAGAUUAGUUAAAGUAACAAGCCCAUAAAGGACCCUUUCAAGUGGCGGUCAUGUUAUUGCCUGUACGGCUAAAGCACUGCUUUUCACACCCUAGACUUCUGACCACUAAAUACACCAAGAGAAGGUCUUAAUGCUGUCAGCCCAUGAUAAAUAACUUAAGCAGGAAAGCUCCGUCAUGGAGAUUAAGCAGAAAUACAGUUUGGUUAUUAAAAACCGUAAUCUCUCUGCCUACUGUCUUGGAUGAAGGGCAGCAGGAGAGGGAAAAAACCCCGUACAGAUAUGGAGACUUUGGCGAGAUUGUGCAAGAAAAAUGAAUGGCAAAAAUGGAGACAAUGUUGAAAAUGAAAACAGAGGGAAAGGGAGACAGAAGUGUGUGCCUAAACAGAGAUGACUGCGAGGUUGCUAUGAGGAAACUGGGCCAGAGUGUGUAUGUUUUCAUUGGACUGGACCCCAGCCCCUUCACUGUUUCCAUAAAGACACAGAGCAGCUCCAGGCUUGCUGGCCUGGGAGGGAAGACCAGGGGCUGACAGGCGUGGAUGGAGAGGCCUGACACGCAGCCUGCUCUCUUCAAAUCCAAUACGUCUCGAUUUUUUUUUUUGCAGUAUCCAUCAGUGUUGAGACGAACAGAGAUGUAACUUCCCUCUUUUGCAACAUGCCUGAGAGAAGAGGACUGUGAAGUUAAGGAUUCCUUGCGUUUGCUUUGGUUGCUCUUGACCUUAGAUUUGCACUCUCCUUGGAGAUGUCAUCUCAAACUCUGAUUUGAUAUUCCCUGAUGUGCAGAGAUUUCCUCGCCAAAUCAAUUUGUUUGCACUUCGGUCUCCAGCGCUGCGCAGAUGUAGCAUCUGUCUUCCAAUAAAGUUGUGUUUAAAACCUGACUCCCAGGACCAUCUGUCAUGUCACCUGCUGCUGUCAGAGUGUUGAAGUGGGAGAUCAGCGUUAAGGGCCAGGUGGUCAAACAGAGCGACGGGGUCAGCGGGGUCAAGCAUAGACAGUCCAGAUUCUCAUACCAAGACUGGGUGAUAGAGAGGAACCAUUCCAGAUACCUAAUACCCAGUACCAGUUACCAAUCACCACCUCAAGAGAUCCGAGCAGCCGCUUGUAGUGAAACCUCAGGCCAGUCCAUUACGGACUACAGCGGGAUGACGCAGCUCAAGGAAGAACAUUUAUGAUAAUUUCUUUAUCAUUUCCUUGAAGUAAUUGUCAUCAUAUUAAUCAUUUUGCACUGCAGACGCGGUAGUUCUUCUGCCUUAGCGUCUCGGUCUGAUUGCAUUUCUAUGAGGAAAUUACCAUAAAUGUUCUUCCUUGAGCUGCGUCACCCCGCUGUAGUCCGUAAUGGAUUGGCCCGAGCUUUCGCUACAAACAAACAGCUGCUGGAAGAGAGUAGGUUACAACACUCACUGCCCAGACCUGAUACCCAAUUCAAAGUUUCCACAUACCUGGUAGAAAAUACCCAAUACCCACGUCCUAACACCUGAUUCCAGAUACCUGAUACUCACUACCUGGUACCCACUACCUGAUACCCCAUACCUAAUAUCCCACACUUGAUGAUGGCCGUUACCUGAUACUUGACAAGUACCUGACACAAAAUACCCAAUAUCUGAUACCUGAAUCCCAAUACCUGAUUUUCCUACUCAAUACCCAAUUGUUAAUCCCUGUUACCCAGUAUCUGAUUGCCCAUAUCCAAAUACUUGUCACCUUUUACCCAACACCAGAUAUCCAGUACCCAGUACUUGAUAAUUGAUACUUGAUACCCAAUGCCCACUGCCCACUGCCCGGUACCCAAAUCUCAAUAUCAGCCAAUAACUAAUAAGGCAGACACUCAUUCUAUUGGAAAUUAUUCAAAUUAAUUUGAAAACAGCGAGUACCACACUGUCUUCUUUUUGUUAUGACGGUCCCAGCAUAAAAACAGAAAAUAACUUGAGUCCCACAGCUCAUGUUUGCAGACGGUCCAGCUGUUCACAAGGAUCUGGAAAGAAUUUGGAUGCUCAACGUCCGACUGUAAGAAUGCAUGUUUUGUACGUCGGCUGUUUCUGAGUGUUAUUUUGCUUUAUUUUCCUCAGGGGAUAGCACCAUCAUGCUAAACGACACCGAACAUCAGAUUGAUUUCAAGUCCCACCAAUGGUUCGGCGCCACUGUGCGUGCUCACGGUGACACCAUCCUGGUAAGUUGACCGUCUCAGGGAUGAUUUGGGGGGGAAAGGAGAAGAAAGGUUAGAGUCUCAGGUUUGCGGUGCAUCACUGGCGCUCUCAUCUGUUAUGACUAGUAGCUUCUAAAAAAGGCCUGCUCUGGUCAUGUGACUUAACCUGCAACUUUGAGCGAUCUCUUACUCUGACGUCAGUGGGAACGUGUCAGAAAUUUGUCUUCCAGAUAACUGACUGUUAAUUUGUUAUCACCAAGGGACAAUUUUCACCUUCUGUUUCAACCCACUGUAAAGAAAUAUUUUGUGCCGCCCCCCCCUCUGGGACGUGUUGUUUGGUCUGAUGGUUCAGGUUGUGACCUGGGUUGAGUUACAUGGUUACCCUGCUCCAGAUGUACCACUGACCUCGGCCCAGGUCCCCCUCCUGAGUUCACUGGGGUGUUGUUGCAACUGGAAAAACAUCUCCCACCUCGAAGCUCACCCCAUUCAUCAACACAUCUCCUCCCCUCUCUUUCCCCUCCUCCUCCCCAGGCCUGUGCUCCUCUCUACUCCUGGAGGACUGAAAAGGAUGAGCCUCGUUCUGAUGCUACGGGAACAUGCUACCUCUCAGCGCAUAACUUCACCAAGUUUGUGGAGUACGCACCCUGUCGAACAGGUAACUACAGCAAUAAAAGAUGGGACUAUUACAGUUUAAGUAACAGUAUCAUGAGUAUCUUAAUUAUUAUGUAAUUUUUAAUAUACUUAGCCCAACUUUCCAUACUCCAACAUUGAGUAAACAGACAUAUUUAUAUUACAUUCCUGAUUCAUAAGUUAAUUUGCUGCCAAUGUAAUAUCACUCAGUCAUUGGGUGUUUCCAUAGCACUUGGUGGUGAUGCUGCGUCAAAUUCAAAAUUUAGACCUGUUGGCUGCAACUUUUGUGAAGCUGGUUUUACAGAUGGUGAUUCAGCUUCUUAAAUAAUGUGGUCAUCAUGUUAUACCCAACAUGCUCCCAUAUUAUUGACUUGCGAUUUAAUCUUGCAAAAUACGCUAGAUUUGAUUUAGUUUUUUGCUUUCAAGUUAGAGCUGGAUAAGGAAAAAGUUUUUCCUACAAUAUUUUUUAAAAUAUUUAUCAAUGUGGUUCAGUUUUCCUGUUAGAAAAAGUUCUCAGAUAUGGAAAAUGAGUGGUUAUAACAUUAAAUCAUUAAAGGAGCUUGUUGGUCUUUUUUGGUUUGUGUCGAUUAUGGCGCCUCCUGUGGACAAAGCAAUCAUUGCAAUCAUAUCUUGGUGACCCCUGACAAAAAAAUUAAUCAUUUUCCAUGAAUGCCACUGCUGUUUCAUCAUCUACCUGCACUAUAAAACAUGCCAAUUUUAUUGCUGAUGGUCUUAUUUGCUUUUGUAUAACAUAAAAACUUCAAAAAAAUUCUCACUGGAGCUUUAAUCAUACACAACUUUGCUUCUCUAUUUCAGAGAUCACUGAUGCUGGGGGGCAGGGCUACUGUCAGGGAGGAUUCAGCGCUGACUUCACUACGGUAAUAACUGACGACCAUAAAAAGUUUCUGGGAUUAUCGUUUGUGUAUUUGAUCCAGAACCACACAGAAUAAAAUAUGUAUACAGUCUUUGUUAGUAAGAUAAUAUCCAGAGUGAUCCAACUCUAAGUCUUUUUGUUUUCAUAGCACUAAUUCACAGAUUUUAUCCUACAGGAUGGUAAAGUGGUAUUGGGAGGACCAGGCAGCUACUACUGGCAAGGUACGGAGGACACUUUGAAAUUCUUAAAAACCUCACCAUAAAAUCCUCCUCUAAACUGAUUUCACUUCUCAUUGGUCCCACUGUAGGUCAGGUGAUCUCUGCAGCCAAGGAGGACAUCAUCAAAGCGUACUAUCCAGGCUACUUUAUAGGGUCUGUAAGGGGCCAGAUCCAGACCAAACAGGUCUUGGUCCAACAGUCUGAGUAUGAUGACAGCUACCAGGGUAAGAAAUGCCACUGUUGUCUUAAUGCUUUUAUUAGGACUCCAUAUUUGUUCUGCAAGCCGAAGCUGAUGUCUGCGCUCUUUUUGCAGGUUACUCUGUUGCUGUUGGGGAAUUCAGCGGUGAUCAAGUGGAGGGUAAGUCAUCAAAAUCCAGAUUGUACCCACAUAGUGAAAGUUAGGUGAGGCAUGCUAGAAGUACAGCACUUAAGGGACGGUUUUGUAGAAAUCCAAAUAGCACAGCUGAAGAGAGGAUUAAUCCAUGUCAGCUGCAAUAUUUCACACGAUUAUUGAGCUGGAAACGUCAUCAGUCCUGGAAUUCUCUUAUCCUCCUGCUGAGUCUGACCUGGAUAUUUCCUCCCUUAAAUCUUUGCUUAAUCUCUCUGUACACUUUGCAGAUUUCAUAGCCGGUGUCCCAAAAGGCCCAAAAGCAGUCAAGCUCUACGGUUUGGUAAGAAAGCUUAACUAUUGCUCUUUUCUUGGCUCUGAAUUUGGUGUUUUAGAAAGAAGCGCCGGGAGGUUUAGAUUUUGGGGCCGAUACAGGAAAGAAAAAGAAAAGAAAAUGGCACGAGUGUUUUUGUCACAGUGGGAUUUAUUUUUGCUGCAAAUUCCGUAUGAGAAGUUGUGCUUGUAUUAAACCGCAUAAAAAGACGUGGACCAUGUGUUGCUGCUGUGUUGCAGGUGUCUAUUCUGAACGGUACAGAUCUGAAGACCAUGAUUAACUACACCGGCGAGCAGGUGAGUCUCAGAAGUCUUAUCUGAAACCCUCAACAAAACGCUCCUUCAUUCUUCUCCACUUCUUCUGUGUUUAAUCGCUUACGGCUCUUAAUUUGUCGAGUCAGUGUAACCAAAAAUAAUUUCCUUUACAGCGUCCUCUUAACAAGAUUUGGGUCUUUUUCGUGGGUUGGGAAAAGUGCACCGGCAAUUUGUGCAAAUGGUUCUGGGAAUAGAAAGGCACGGAGCUCGUUUGAGCCGUGAUGAUGGAUUCAGCUGAAUAAAUAAAAUCAUGGUUGAAUUUUUGCUUACGCGUCUGCAGUUCAGGCUGUUUCUGCAACGUUUGUGCUUUUUCUUUUUUUGGGGAUUAACAGUCAUGGCGAAAAAUUCAGAAAAUUAAACGGACCUGGAACAGAAACAGAAACAGACUGGGCUAAACCUGUAAAAGCCAUCAAGCCUUCGUGUUUCCCCCAGUACUCUCUCUCUCCCUCUCUUCUUUUUUUUAUUUUUUUUUGGAGUGCAGAGUUUAAGGAGCCAUGAUUGUUUGGUUUUAUUCAAGAGCAAAGAACGGAUUUUGAUGAAAUGAAAUGAUUUUGUUCACAGAUGGGAUCAUAUUUUGGCCAUGCAGUGGCUUCGACUGACAUUAACAAUGACGGGUGAGUUGAAACCUCACUUUCUCUUUCUCUCUCUCUCUUUUUGGCAUCAGUGUGAUCAUAUGUUCUCUCUUGUCUGCAGGAUGGCCGACCUGCUUGUGGGAGCUCCGAUGUUCAUGGUGCGAGGCUCGGACGGGCGUCUGGAGGAGAUGGGCCGUGUUUAUGUUUACCUUCAGCAGAACCCUCUAAACUUGACACUCCAACUACCUCACCUGACCGGCACCCAGGUGUUUGGGAGAUUCGGCAGCACUAUCGCGCCGUUGGGAGAUCUGAACCAGGAUGGAUUCAACGGUAAAAAAAGGACGAUUUUUCUGUAAAGUUAGCUUUGGUCAUUACUUUUGUGUUUCUGCAUCUUACACAUGGAUAAUGAAUUAAAAAUGUAAGAGUAAGUGACUUUUAAAGCAAGUAGUGAGUUAAAACUAACAGAAAUAUGUUAAAAGUAGACCAAAUUUAUUCGUUUUUAUUCACUUUUAGCAUUUUUAGAUUAGUUUAAAGAUGCCUCUUUAAUGGAUUCCUGUCUACCCCACCUUUAACUGUUGGUUGUUUAAACAUCUAGACUAGUCUGGACUAUCCGCUGUGCCGUACUGAAGUUUUGGACAUUAGAUUUUAUUGUUAAAGUCUAAUAAAUGUGAAGUUUCCAUCACUUUUCUCCGUUUACCAUCAUUAAUUUUCCAAAGCUCGAGCUAAUAGAUUUUUACCAGCCAAAAUGAAGCUAUAAUCAGCCUCACAAAACCACCAGUUUUAUUAUCACUCUGGCGGAUUUACUUUCAUUAUUACUCAGACUUUUCCUUCUUUUACAGAUGUAGCAGUGAGCGCUCCGUUUGGAGGAGAGGAUCGACAGGGACUGGUCUACAUCUUUAACGGGUACUCAGGAGGACUCAGGGAAGAACCAUCUCAGGUGAUAGCAGGACAGUGGGCAGCCGGGACGCUUCCUGCUAGUUUUGGGUUCGCCCUUAGAGGUGAUAAAGACCUGGAUCUGAACGGAUACCCAGGUGAGGAAAGCAAAAACGUUUCAGAGCUUUUAAAAGAUAAUUUAAUGGAAAGUUUUCUAAUCCUGGUUCUGUUUUUCCUCAGAUCUCAUCGUCGGUGCUUUUGGCGUCAAUAAGGCAGUCCUCUACAGGUGGGUUGUAUUCAGAUUUCACUGAAUAUGAAGCUAAAAGUGGUGGUUACAUGACAUGGAUCACAGUCUGUUGUGUGGAGACUGACUGAGUUUUCAUUCUGUGACCUCUCCUGACCCGCAGAUCUCGCCCGAUAGUGAACACCAGCGCCUCCCUGAAAGUUUACCCCACCAUGAUCAACCCCGACGAGAAGAACUGCAUGAUCUCCAAUGGAAACAACAGCAUUCCUGUUUCCUGGUGAGUGCUCAUCUUGUCCAGUAGCAACACUGGUCUUCCUGUGACCGAAGCUUUGGUUCUGCUCUGUUGGUAUUUACUUGACCUAUCUGCAGAGAGAUGGGCUUCCCUUAUUUCCCCCUCACAUGCAUAAACAACCCAGUCCUGCAGGAAGUUCUGAUAAGAAAUAUCCUCUCCAUCAGCAGUCACGGUAUUAAUACUAAUGAAGAGCUGCUCUUAUCUGACCUAUUUUCCAAAUGUCUCUGUAUCCACGCUGUUUCUGUUGAGCUGCAGAGGAAUAACAUGCUGAAUAGCGGCAUUGUUAGCCCCUUAUGGCCUCCUCCAAAUGUGCACAGUGUUCAGUUCCAGAAAAGGGGAAAGGAAACAGACGGUUGCUCGCUGCUCGACAUGGUUGACACUGCGCUCAUGUGUCUGCUCCCCCCCACCUCCUCCUCUUUACAGAUCCUGAUCCAUAAAGGAAACUCUUGUAUACACAUGUGUCUUGAUUAUGCUACGUUGCCUGGCGAUGAGGAGUUUUUUUUUUUUUUUUGGUGGGGGUGAAAAGGAGAGCACAAGGGAUAAUGGGAGGGAGGGGAGGAGCGUUAAGGUUUUUUCGCUGUUGCUUUGAAUGAGAUAUUGUUUAGUGGUGGAGCACAGCUGGGAAACAUCAGGACACGUAGACUCCUGCAAGCGUGCGCACAAACUCUUACAGACACAGGAGAGCACAUCUAUAAAGUUAAUACCGCUCUUAGAGAGAAAUCCUCGUAGCCUGUGUGUCUUUCUGUCUCAUUUUUCAUCUCCAUUCCCUUUCUUCUGCUUUUUCAAACAGAGUCUCCCUCUCCCAGUUUUUCCUCGGUGUGGGUUUUCUUGUGAGGGAUUGGGGGUUUUUGGGGUUGCAGACUAUUGGAUAGCAGCAGCGUGUUGUGCUGCUGAUGUCAUGGGAGAGAGCUGCAGGCUUAUAUAGACAGCCAUCGACUGGUCAGCGCUGAAACCCGAGUCGUUGCCCAAUUUCACCCUUCUUAGCUCUGCUAUGCGUUUGUGUGUGGGGGGGCUGGCGAUGGGAAAACAGAGACGCAGCGAUUUAUCAGCUCAGAAAGGGGUCAGAUGCCAGGGUGCCUCUUUAGACAUGGCAUUUCUUUCAUAUUAAUCAUUGCUUUCCUGUUUCGCCUCGUGCUUAUGGACCAUGUAAGGGCGCAAAAAAAAAAGUCAGCAGGGAGGGAAAGUUCAGGGAACUAGCAGGGGCAUUUGAGGUGUCCAGAGAGGACUUGAUAUUUGCACUGACUCUCUGCCAUAAAUGAACACACUUCUUUCAUUAUGUCCCUGUCCUUUUUUGUCCAAAACAGCGUCAACCUGAGUUUCUGCAUAUCUGCAGAUGGGAAGCACCUUCCAGACAUCUUAGGUGAGCCAACUUUCCACAUCUGUGCUUUAUUACAAGUAUGGAAACUGUCAAAAAGCCACCAGUGGUAAUGCUUUAAAUCCAUAACAGUCUCUAGGUUAAAGUGUUUUGGCAGGUGAUGAAGCUCUUCAGGAUUUGUAAUGACAGGAAAAGGGCUGUGCUGCACGCCAAACACCUUCUCUGAUUUGCACUCAGUCACCGUCACUAUCGGCCCUUACUUAUUAUCUCUAAUUACUCCAUCCUUUAUAUACACACGUGUCUCUCGUGCCAUUAACUUUACGUUACACUGACUAUAUUGUCUGCACUCCGGAGCUCGUUUUUAAAACCUGUCAUUAGGUGAUUCAUCACGCCGUGAGUGCUCAUUUGUGCGUUUGUUACGUGUUCCAGACUUCCAGGUGGAGGUGCAGCUCGACAGCCACAAACACAAGCAGAAAGGUGCGGUGAAGAGGGCUUUGUUCUUGGAUUCCCAGCAGCCUUUGCUGCAAAAGAGUGUGACGGUGCAGCGUGGAGAGCGUGUGUGCGAUCAAACCAAGAUCUACCUAAGGGUGAGUUAACUUUUUAAUUUACUCAAUUAGGCCAUAAAGGGAUAUUCCGGCAUAAAUUUAAGUUAUGGUCAAACACACUGUAACACUGAGUUAGACACCCCCUUGAGAGAUGUGUGUUAUUGACCGCUUGCCUCUCUAGUUAUACCAACUUUAGUAAUGACCGCAGGAUAGCAAUACACAGCAGUCUGAGGAGCCAUAAACAAACGUCAAACAAAACGCCACUCUAUAGCCACAGCAUGAGCCACCAAACAUCUUUUUAACUUUGCCUAAUUUCUUUAGCAAAGAGACUAAACACAACUCACCCACUCUCUUCCAGCAGCCGCUUGUUUGUACGGAGACCUCGAGCCAGUCCAUUAUGGACUACAGCGAGGUGACGCAGCUCAAGGAAGAACAUUUAUGAUCAUUGCCUUAUCAUUUCCUUGAAGUAAUUAUCAUCAUGCGGUAUUCCUUCUGCCCUAACGUCAUGGUCUGAUUGCAUAUCCAUGAGGAAAUGAUUGUAAAUGUUCUUCCUUGAGCUGCGUCACCCCACUGCAGUCUGUAAUGGACUAACCCGAGGUCUCCGUACAAACAAGCGGCUGCUGGAAGAGAGUAGGUGAGUUGUUGAAUUGAAUUGCUAUCGUGUGGUCGUUACUAAAGUUGGUAUAACUACGGAAUAUCCCUUUAAAAGUCAUUAUAAUUUUAUUUAUUUUUGUUUUCUUUCCUGUUAUUUCAAUUUAAUUUGUAUUUAUCCUUCUGAACCCUUUUUUUUUAUUUUUUAUUUUUUAUUUGCAAUAGUCUGUCUUUACAUUGCAUGUUCAGGAUAACUUACAGUGUCAUUUAUCUUCAUUAUUAUUACUAUUAUGUAUUUAUUUAUUUUAUUUUUCACUCUAUAUUCCUUUCAGAGGAUCUGGGAACAUGGGGUAGUGAGGGGGGGACUGGGAGGAUUUAUUACAUAUGUUUAUUCAACAUGUGAUUUCUUUAUGUUCAAACUGAAAAUGCCAAUAAACAGAUAAUUAAAAAAAAAGUAACUAAAGUCGAUCUUUAGUAAAAAUAUAAGGAAAUGCAGCUUUAAAACAAACCAAAAAUGGAAAAUUCAGAGUUAACACGUGGGACUUGAAGCACUAGCAGAGCAGACUUGGAAGGAUCCAGCUUGCAAAGAUGUUAAAUUUUAAAUAUUUAUUGAUGAAAAAAGAGCCAAGUGUUGAUCAUCCCUGUGUGCCAGAGAAAUCUAACUCAAGUUUUUGUAAAGACAACAAACUCUCCUAAUAAAUAAAAGAGAAGAAAGACAGGGAUUCAGACACGCCGGGGAUUUAUUUGUUGAAUCUGCGAUCAUGCCAGCUGUAUUUCCCUGCAGCUUAUCAAGAAUCUAAAUGAAUAAUGAUAGCGGUGAUUAUUUUCCCAGAUAACUAAACCCAUCUAGUUUUCAUAUUCACAUGCAGGCAACAUAAAGAGAUGAUACAGAGAUCCUGCUUUUGCAUCUGUAACAAAGUUUGUUGUGUGUUUCUUUAAUGCAGGAGGAGAAAGACUUCAGGGAUAAACUCUCCCCCAUUUAUGUGGCCUUGAACUUCAGCUUGGAUCCAACAGCAGCAGCUGACUCCCACGGGCUGCGGCCCAUCCUCAACUAUCAGACCACCAGCGUGAUCCAGCAGAAGGUAAGGAUAAAUUAAGAAAUAUUUAUAUAAACAAUGUGUUGGGUGGAGGUUUGAGGAUGAACGCUGCGCUUUUACAAUGUUCUGGAGCAUGAAGAUGAAGCUCAAGUGAGAUAUCAGCAAAAAUACCCAAACGCAAUAAUUUUUAAUGCAGGAGAGACAUGUUGCAAACAGAUGGUAAAAGAAACAGAAAAAGUUAUAUAACGUUUCAUUAUGUUGAUGCAAUACGCUGAAUGAUUGUGCACUCAUCUGGUUUAAUUCUCAUACACUGUGUCCCAACAAUAUCAUGCAGCCUCAGUGUGACAUAUGGUUCUCUGAUUGCCGAGUUUUAUCCUCUCUGGCCCGAUGUUAAGAAAUUCUGCAUCACUCCCUGCACCACCAGCCAACUCCUCGCCGUUUCUCUCUCGUCCCUGAUGAAAGACCGAAUCUGCUCUUUUUAAUGUGAACUACUCUGCAGGGAAAAGGUCCAGGAUGUCUGGAAAGCUGUUGUCAGGAUAAAAACGUGAGGCACAUGUACAGCGGAGUGCGUUCCCUUCCCCUUUCCCAGCAGGCUUUGCUCUGAGGCUGUUUGCUUUUCCCUAACAGCACACAGGUGACCGUUUUAUCAGGAGAGCCAGACGCAGAAAUUGGUAGAUAUUUCAGCGCUGGUUGCAGCCCAUCUGGUUGAAAUCUCUCGGCUUUUUGCCAGUUCUCUCCGGGCGCUGAGUCGAUUUGGCUCAACAUGUGGCGUCCUCUCAGCUGUGGCGUAGCGCGCACCAUAUGUGAGAACAGCAUCAGGAGUAUGUGAAGAAUCAGCAAUCAGCGUAAUUCUACCUCCUCUUUCUCUCCGUCAGGGUGUGUUUCUGUCUUCCUACCCUGAAGCCUCUCAAUGAUGCUUUUCCUUAAUAUCAAAGCAGCUUUUAGCUUUUAACAGAUGUGGUCUGCUGCUGAAGUGAGUCCUUGAGACAAGCCUGAGCUCAAAUAUUGACAUUAAAGCUGAAAGAAAGCCGUCUCUCGCCAAGUCUUAUGUGUGUUUCUGUGAGUAAAAGAGAAGCGGGAGCCUGCCAACAUAUUUUAUUAAUCUUCCUCUGGACUGUGUGAAUGAACCAGCGCGUAAACAGCACUCUAAUACCGCAGCCUUGGCCUCGAUCAGACCCACGAUGCCCUAUCGAUUCCCGCACAUGCUUUGAGAAUAUAUGGCAGGCCUCCGAACAUUUCAUCCUCUCUGCCAAACUCCUGCCCUUUUUUUCAAGCCGGAGUGAGAAGAAGAGACGGAUGAUGUUCUCAGCGCAGUUUCUCUUUGUUUUUAACGUAUACCACAUGUUUCCAUGAGGAGUUCGAACACACAAUGAUGGAUCUAUUAAUUGUCAUGAGUCUACGAUUGUGCUAAAGCGGUUGUAGUCAUCUUCAGGGAGCCUGGGAAAUGAGUGAAGUCGAGCCUUAAUGUCCUCAUUGUUCUUAAAAUACAAACAUCUGAACACAUGAGCGUGAAGUUGAUUAAUGGGCGUUCAGAUUUCACUUCUUGCCCUGAUUGUGUCACAUGCAGAUCUCGCUGGUGUUGUUGUUGUUGCUCGGCGCAGAUGUACAGAUCCAACUUAAGCAUGUUGCUUACCAUGGUGUCCAUAAUUAGAGCCCCACGCCAGGGUGUAAUGACAAGGGCGCGCGCUUUGCUCUCUCUAAUCUCCUCCUCCAUUUCUAUUUAUUAUCAUCAUCGUCAGGAGCAUCAUCUCACUGUCAAGAGUCGCAGCGGGAUGCAAUUUAGUGAUCCGCAGGGCUUUCCCUGCCACACGCUCGGCGGUUUUUCCACUUACCCGUCCGUGUUUCGGCCUCUUUGUUGUUCUAUCCUCCACUGUAAUCUCACUUCUGCCUUCCAGGUCAACACUCAGAUCCUAUGUCUGAGUGCGUUCCUUUAUGCUGCACGCCGCCCCUCCUUCUCUAUAUGAUCACAUACUGCUGUGGUUGGCAGGGUGGCGUAGCGUGUGGUGAAAAGCGCGGUUGGCCGCACGGCGCUGUGAUGUGGGGCGCUGGUGAGAGCCGCGGAGUGUGCAGCUUUGUGCAGGAGGAUCUCCUCCGGCACGCUCUCUUUGCGCCGGACUCCUCCACCGUUCAUCAUUUCCUCCCCUGUGCGCCGCAAACAGAAAGCAUGUGUGUGUGUUUUCCGGGGACAGCUGGUUCAGUGUGUGUGUGUGUGUGUGUGUGUCUGUGCUUGUUAUGACCUCACUGAGUCAGUCAUCGUCCCUCUGAGGCAGGGGAGUGUUUUUCGUGUCUGAUGGGCAGAGAUGAUGUCUUGUAGUUCAAGGGGACUGUAGCGCAGGUGUGUGCAUUAGUCAUACCACAUGUCGCAUCUUGCUACACUCAUCCUGUUGUCUCCCUAAAAAACAGAAACCUGAUUUAUCUCGUGUGCCUAAUUCUCUCCACAUGUAACCCAGAGUGCGUUCUUCUAUUCGAUUGUUAUUACAUGCAGACUCUGUGGAAGUUUUACCACCUCAAAUGUGUUUCUUUCAGGCUCAGAUUCUGCUGGACUGUGGAGAGGACAACAUCUGUGUCCCUGACUUGAAGCUGGCCGUGCACGGGUGAGUCCGCUCAUUUCCUUACAUUAAAACAAAAAAGACCCCGCAGCAUCCAAAUUCAGGAAAUAUUUCAGAAUUCAACUGCAAGGUCACAGACUCUGAACUCUUCACCUCCACAAUGGGAGUGCGGCCUCGGGUUUGAGUGUAAAUACAGCUGUUUUUGUUGUUUAGCUUAGCAUUCCAGAGCGUGGCUGUUAACAGCCUCGGCGUUAGAGGUACGCCAUCCUCUGAAAACAGGAAGCAGAGCUGCUCUACAGGUGCCACGACAAACAAGUUAAGAGUAACAGACAGAGGAGAUGAAAGGGAUCGUCUUGGAAAGAGUCCCAACCUCGCCCGCCUGCGUCUGCAGCCGUCAGAAACCCCGCCACACUUUGAUUCGUGAAAUCUGCAAGCAUUUUUCUCAAAAAUAACAGCCUCCCCGAUACUCCCUUCUCCGCUCUGUCAUUUUGAUCUCACAUUCCUAUAUUUAUCUCCCAUCUGCCUCCAUUUUUUGCAACGUAUGGCUGAUCCAUCACAUAUGGAACAACCUGCCCAGGGAGGGAGGGUGUUAGUGCUGCACUUGAUCCAACUGCAAACUCAGAGGAGAAGUUUGUUUUAGAAGCUGUUUUUAGUGGGAUUUAAAUCAAAUAUAGCAAAUAUCAAUUAUUCAUUUAAAAACUGAAUAUUCUAAAUAAAACCUAAUGCAUGUUUCCCUUAACCUUAUUUUUUCCUUUGUAACAUAGCCGAUUUAUGAAUAUUGUAAAGCAACAGAGCAAAUCGAGACAUAAAAAAUGUCCAAAACAAUCCGUCAAAAUAAUCGCUGAUAUCUAGUCGUACAGAGCGAGCCUACUCAGUGUGGACAUGCUCCAAAAAGAGAAAAUAAAAAAGAUAUUUCUGAUUCUCUGUGUCUACUUUUCUUCUUGAAAAAACACACAGAUCGUCUGCAUGCUCAGGUGUCAUGAUCAGUCUUUCUGCGUUGGCUGUCCACCAGUCUGUCUUGUAUCCUCCCAUAUCCCGUAGUCUUGAUCCCUAAAAAAGAGCCUGCAAAGACCCUCACUGAGCAUCUUGACUCUGCACCAUAAGAAAGUUUGUUCCUGUGUAACAUACUUUAUAAUAAAAAGACACCCUGAAUAUUAUAUGAGACUAUGCAUUGUUUAUCUCCACUUGAUAGAAUGAAAAAACCCAAAAUGCUUGCUCAAGUAGGCUCAUAAUAAACUUUUAAUACAUAUUCAACCAAGUGAUAUCAUCCACAGCAGCUUUAAAAUGUCCUUUUUCGUAAUAAAAUAAAACCUGUAUAUGGAUAUACAUUAAAUAUGGACACAUGAUCUGUUGUCUUUUCAGGAGCUGAGGAUUUUAAACCUGGAAACAGCAGCAAACAUGAUGUAGGAGGGAAAUAUCUGUCGCUGUGGUGUGAAAAUGAUUAAAAUAGCUCCUUUUUGCAAAUCUUAUUGUCAGAAAUAUCCUUCAUGCUUAAAGGAUUUAUGAUAUCCUCAAAUGUUGGGCUUUUGUUUGGAUUAAAAAUGCAGUUUUCACCCUGAGAAUCAUCCUUAAAAACGUUCUCUCUCCCCCUCCUCUGCUGUAUAAGAGCGGUCUGUAAUUAAAAGCGUCUGUGUGGCCCUCUCCAUAUGGAGUUCCUCAUUGUUUCUAAGCUGUAGAGAGAGUGUGAAGGAGAGAGGAGCAGGGGGGGAGGUGUUUCACACUCCUACGCUCUGUUUUACAGCAUGUACUGCUUUAUUACCACGUCGGAAAAGUUUUCCUUUAAUGGGAGGGGAGCUCGCCCAGAUAAAUCUCCGAGAUGUCUCCUUGUAGCGGGGCAGAAAGAAAACAGAGCCUGAGAAUUUAUCGAUUUCAUUAAACCACCAACGAUUUAAUGCCCUCUCCUCUGUCAGCAAACACAAACAGGCUCUGCCAGUGUUUAUUCAUAACUUCAUAAGACAACAUCGCCCAUGUUUACUUGGUUACAGAGUCCUGACACCGUUUAACCCCGCUCAGGACCUGAUUACUGACCUUUUAUUCGUCUUCGCCUCCACAGGAACAGGAAAGAAGUCUACCUGGGUGACGACAACUCGCUGACCCUGACUUUCAACUACAGGAACGAGGGUGAGGGAGGGGCGUACGAGGCAGAGCUGUACGUGGUGCUCCCCCCUGAAGCCGACUACAGCGGGAUCGCCCGUAAUAACGAGGUGAGAGAUUCCCACCAACCUUUUCACCUCUCAGGCUACGAUUAUCCGUCUUUAUUUCAUUUAGUUUGACGAGUUUGUCCUCUUGUUUUUCAGAGCCUGACCCAGCUGACCUGCACCUAUGAGACGGAGAACCAGACCCGAUACCUCAGCUGUGAUUUGGGCAACCCGAUGAAGCCUGGUACCGAUGUAAGAACAACAUACACUUCUUAAAACGCCACGUGAAAUGAAGUAAACAGUCCUGAUUUCCUGCUCUGUGUAGGAAACAGUCACAUGUUCUCCCCAGGUGGAGUGUGAACAGCACAGGAAAAGUCCGAAUUUGUCAGGAAGUGUUGUGACAGGAAACACAGACUCGAUCUGUGCCCCCGUAGAUCACUGCUGGGAAAAGUUCCUCUUUUUAAACGAUGAAAUCACUAACCGGCUCUGAACAGGAAAACCAUCACCAGUGCGCUCACGGGAAGGGAUCGGCACUCUUGAUUCCUCGGAAGUUCUCCGAUUCAGGCGUUAUUAACUUUAUACAAUAGAGAGGAAGCUGAUGUCUGCUGGCAGAGAGUUCACAGACCGACACACCCAGGAACAGAACAUACCUAUUAAAUGAUGAGAUGAGGAGAUGAAGGAGUGGAAAGGAGGAGAGUCUGUCUGAGAGUUUAUGACGGGGCUUUAAAUGUUACAGCUCACACAGACGACCCAGAGUUUAGUCAUAUCUAACCUUUUUUUAUGCUCCUUAUCGUGUCUUUAUGACUUGUAGUCUGACUCACAGGAUGUAGACCGUGCCCAUUAGCUGGAGCGACUCUCUCGCGGGCGAUCUUUGAAUUCCAGUCGCUUCUCGUAACUGGAACUUCAAAGCUGAGACGGGCAAAUAGUUGAAUUUGUGGAUGUAGGGAAAAAUAAAUAACUUUGAAUCUCUUAAAGUAAUUCAUUACCAAACUCCUGACAAAAAGUGAAUUUGUGGAUGUAGGACCAGAUCUUCUUGUCAGAUUCAGCUGUAAUCCAAGUAUACUAGUGUGUCAGAGGGCGUCAUCUUUACGCAGGUUAACAGUUUGUGUGCAGAGGAAAUAACCCUCGAAUUCUGAGGAGCAAAAGUCUUCCCUUAGGGCUGGGCGAUAUGACCUCAAAUCAAUAUCACGAUGUACGAAAACAACAAAUGGACAAUAACUACUCCACAAGCUGCUCAUCCCUCCCACAUUAACUUCGUCUACUUCAGCCGCUACAACUUUUGAACCGUCCUCCAUCUCCUCACUUGUCUUUCCCUCUUUUUUACGGACUGGAUGGGGUGGAGUCACAUCUCUGACAUAGGACAGCGUCUUAAAGGGACAUGAGACCAAAGCCUACCAACACACAUCCAAAACAAACUUUUUUAUUUAUUUGACACUGAAUAUGUUGACAUGGGCGAAUUGACGUUGGUUACUGUCAUCUAUUUCAGUAUCGGUAAAUUUUUCGGUUUAUCGCCCAGCCUUACUUUCACGUUUAUCUCGACUUUGCAGCCUGAAGGAGUCGCCUGCAAAUCGUGGAUCUAAACCAAACACAUGUUUGGUCUCUGUGAUGUUUGAAGCCCGUCAUUGACACACGCCAUAUUAGAAAUGCUGUCUUCAUUCUUGCUUUUCAAGUUGUUCGACUGACUGUAAAGACUAAACUUCAGCGUUACAGAAAGCCCCCAAAAGUCUCCAAUACCUCCAGAGAGCUCCAAACAUUAGCUGAUAAGUUCUUAAGUUGCUUCAUCUCUGUUCUUCGUCAUCCUUGAGCAAAUUGAGUUUUUUAUGUCUUACGAAAUCUUUCCUUGCCUUCUUGGAAAUUUAGUCAUUUUUAUAUGAGAGCUUUGCCCCCGCAGUUCACAAGUUCUCCUGCCUGAUGCUGUUUCGCCAGGACAACAUCUCUACACCCAAAGAAACGCAGGCAGCUCAGGAGUUUUUUUUCUUUUUCUCUUAGUCUUGAAUUAUUACGAGCUCAGUCGGACUUUUCCUCACGGAGAUGAAUCUGGCUCUGCAGGGAUAGGUCGUAAUGGAAAAGAGUUUGUGAUCCGCCCGUUUUUACGUAAAGAUGACGAUGAUGAUAAUGAUGAUGAUGAUGAUGAUGAUGAUGAAUGUGUUCGAUGUUUCUCUUUGCAGCUGUGGGCAGGUCUGCGCUUCACCGUGCCUCGGCUGAAGGACACACACAAGACGGUUCAGUUUGAGCUGCAGAUUCGCAGGUAACAUCACAAAAUCACUAAAAAUAUAAAAACUAUCUUCUGAUUUAAUGAUUUCGACAUUUCUGUGAUAGUAUCUGUGUUGAUAAUCAUGUAAAUCUCUUCUUCUCUUUGUCUUCACAGCAAAAACGAGAAUAAUUCCCACAGCGAAGUCGUCCCCUACAAGCUGGAGGUGGUGGUUCAGGCUGAUGUCAUCCUUCAGGGGUGAGUCCAGGAUAAAGAUCUCCUCAUCUGAACUUUUUAUGAUUUCAUUAAGCCUCUUGUUCUCACACUCCGGCCUUUCCUCUACAGUGUGUCGCGACCAGAUAAAGUCUUUUUCCCGCCGGCCAACUGGAAAGUGACCAAAAACCAGGAGGUGGAGCAGGACGUGGGGCCUGCAGUCGAACACAUCUAUGAGGUAAUCAGCUGUGUGGACUCCUUGUGGGUGAAGAAAGGGGACUGAAGUAAAUCUUAAGAAAACAUACUCCAGAUUAGUCAGGCUGAUUUAUUCUCAGAUCUAAGUUUUCUUGGGUGAGAUUGAACAGUACUCGGAAACGCUCUGAGGAGUUCUUAACAUGGACAGAUUGUGCUUUUUUAAUGAUCUGCACUCAUUAUAAAAAUAUGUCAAACAUUUCAGCGUCGGCAUGGGAAAAUAUGUGUUGCAACCUCCCAGCUACAAGCAAAACAAGAAACAAUCACGCCGCCCUUGAAGUCGUCUUUUAAUCCGCAGACUUAACUUUCAUUUCCUUUUUCCAGCUUGUGAAUAACGGGCCCAGUCGGAUCAGCCACACCCACCUGGAGCUCCGCUGCCCCCUCAGCGUGCAGGGUCAGACCCUCCUCUACCCUUUGGAGUUCUCCACAGAAGGCCCCAUCAACUGCACCGCCGACAAAUACAUGAACCACCUCCGCCUCAGAGUGAGUGCCCCCGAAUGAAAACACGCACACCUGUAGGGUUCGAGUGAGGCGAAAUCAGGCGGCAAACAUCUCCGAGUGAAGUGUAUGAUUAACAGUUGGUUCUCUGCUGGUUGGUCCACACCCACCCAGCUUCUCCGCCCCACCCGGGACACUUUGAAGUCCCAGCUCUUCCCUUUGCUCGGCACAGCUUGAUGAACCAUCUCAGACGGGCAGCAAGAUGUCGCUUUGGGCUUAACACGGGGAAGCAUUUUGUGUAGCUGUUUGUGUAGAUGUCCCGAGUUUGACAGAUGUUUUUUUGGGGUUGUUGGUGCUCGUCAAUCUUCGCGGUGAUCUAAUGUUGUUUUUCUUCCCUGGUGGAUUGCUAAGUACUGUGUAUUUCCACGGGAAUCCAUGUGGAGUGGAGCUCACAUGCUUCUGAUUAAUGAGAAAAAAGCCUCGGGGUCACGCUAACAUUAGCUCUCGUAUUGACAGAAAGGGUGGUCUGCUCUUCUGCCUGCUGAGGUCACUGUCUCUGUUGUGCUAACGGGUAGUGUGUGUGUGUGUGUUCUCUCCGCCAUCAGCUCCAGCGCACGUCCACAGAACCACCAAUCCUGGCGCUGAAGGCUCACGAGCACCGGAUCGAGAGGAGGGACGUCAACAGGAAUCAGCUGUCUCAUUUAACCAACCUGGUAAGAUGCUUAAAGGGACAUUUCGGUGUUUUAAAGCUGCUCCGUAAAGGUGGAUAACAGGCUACAACUUUUACGGCCUUGUAAUGACCAACUUACCAAAGCCGAAUUAUCCAGAGAGACCCUCUCCUCGAAAAAAAAAUUGAAUCCUAUUUAAAAAAAUUAGAAAACAUUAAGAUAGUAAGUGAAAAGUUAAAAAUCAGUUUUUUUUUAAUACACUUUGGUUGGUACAGGAUGUCAGGAGAGGCUGUCAGCUGAGCUGCUGCUGCUGGCAGGUUUUAGGUUAUGAUUCCUUCAGUGUGUUUCUGCAGAGAUGUCCUGAUGUACAAAACACCAGCUUCACUGUGAGAAUCGAUGAAUUUCCAACACUCUUUGCUGAGGCUUUAGGGGCUGCGAGCUGAGCUGCUCAGGAUUUCCCUUCUCUAAGUUUUAGAGCAGGAGAAAUGUGAGAAAGUUUGGUAACACUUUACAAUAAUAAUAUUAAUAAUAAUAAUAGAUACUUUAUAAAUGUUUAACCAUCAUUUAAAAACAACAUAUAGAAUAAUUAUAAACGGCAAAUAGAUAGUUUAAUAAUGUAAGUUAAUAGUUACUUUACCAAUAACCAUUACCAUCAAUGAAAUUGUGAUGAAUAAUUUUCAGUAAUUAUUAAUGGACUAUUUAUUAAAGGUUUAUAUAGGGUUUAAAUAUUGGUUAUAAAACAUCUAGAUUAAAAUGUGUGUCAGUGGCACUUUGUAAAUGAUUAAUAUUUGGAUUUUAAACCAUCUAUAAACAUUACUUAGAUGGUUGUUGUAAAGUUAGGGUUAAGGUUCGGGUUAAUGGACUAUAUGCUUUUUAUAAAUGAUGAUUAAACAUUGAUAAACUAUCUACUUAACAUUUAUAAAUGGUCUAUUUACCAUUUAUAAGUUAUGGUUAUUGUAAAGUGUUACCGAAAGUAUACACUACAGAGGACGGUGUCAAAGUCUCGAUCUCUUUAAGUUCAGGGUCAUUGGGUGCGAAGCUGCUCAUCAGCGGUCGGUUUAGCUACUCAGAACACGAAGAGGACUUCUCAUGAAUCAGCGGACCAAUUUGCCUAAUCAUCCCCCCGGUCUUCAGACCCUGACGGAAAGUUUUAAUCCCUCCAGCAGUAGUUCUUCUAAGUAGUUUCCCAGAUCAGAAGUCUUGUUUACUUGUAAUGAAAACACAGCUUAUAUUUCCAUCAUGAUUAAAACCCUUUGUACGGUUGCGUAAUGAAGUUAAACAAACAGUCGAAGCUUUGUACUGAGUAAGUGAACGCCGCUGGGUCAGGAGGUGAAGUUAGCUGUGAUAGUUGACUUUAAAUGAGCGAAUGGAGUUAGCAGUUAGGGUUAAAUGUGGUUAUGUAGUUAAAACUCUUUAUGUGUCACUUCCAGAGCACAAAAACAGACUCUUUAGAAAACACUCGUACCUCCAUCACCUUUAAGUGAAGUGUACAGGCCUGGGUCUAUUUCGGUGACUCUGGACCUGAUCUUGUACGAGGCUCCUGGGAUUGGCUAAUCAGGUCAUGAUGUCGUUAAAAAGAGGGGGUCAGAGGUCACGGGCUUGUCCCCUUGUGGUGAUUAACUUUAAAGAGCCUUUAGUAGUGGUGGUGGGUGGAGAGGACAGGGGACAGUGGAGGCUUUUUCUCCGUGAUGCUCUGCUUACUUCACAGACCGCUCUGUAAUUUUCAGCUCCGGGGUGUUGUGAGACCCUCAGGCUCCCACACACUGGCCCUAUUGAUCCCCUCAGCUGCAGGUAGCGCCUAACUCCGCCUCCAUCGCGGAUACCUGCGUCAGCUAAAGAGCCCUUUGUGUCGCCGUUAACCGUGCUCGUUUAUCAAACACGUCCAGCAACACGUCACCAUGAAGGACCCCAUUCUUCUGUUUUUUUCCCCCUGAGUCUGCACUUUCUGUUUUCUCUGUUCAGAGCGUCUCCUGAUCAAAGCGGGUUCGAGGUUCAGUGAUGCUUGGGUGAAGCUGUCAGACGAGGUCACAGUGUGAGACUUUCAGAUGACCUGCUGAGCUAUGCAUUAAGAACAAAGGGCUUGUUAUAAUUGCAUUCAUAAUUAAAGGGACAUUUCAGUGUUUAAAUGAUGUAGAAAGAGAAAUAAGCUCUUAUUUAGAACCACUUUCUCAUGCAGCAAAAGGUCUUGCACUUACUGCAAUCUUUGCUCCAUGUGUAUUUUUGAUUUAAUCUAUCAUUUUGGACAUUUAGAUGUUAAAAAAUCAUGUUUUUCUUGUUUUUUUAUAUGUUCAUGUGGCAUUUUUCUGACGCUACAGGACGCAAUUUUUUUUGGAAGGAUGGUAGGGGAAGGUCCCGCCCUCCUUCACCUCUGCUGGGCUCCGAUUGGUUAUUCCUUAUGGCUGUGAAACGUCAUCGUCUGUCGGGUUAGGUUUAGGGUAAGGGUUAGGGUUUCGGUAAGGGUUAUGUUAAGGUACUUCCACCAGCUCCUCCGGGGAGAUUCCCAGGUGCUCCUAGGACCAGGCGAGAGAUAGAAUCCCUCCACCUGGUCCUGGGCCGGCCACAAGGUCUCCUUGUGUCCCGAACACCUCUAACGAGAGGUGUCCAGAAGGCAUCCUAACCAGAGGAGAGGAGUCACCUGAGCCACCUCAGCUGACUCCUCUUGGUGUGGAGGAGCAGCAGUUCUACUCUGUGCGCCUCCCGAGUGUCCGAGCUCCUUACCCUAUCUCUAAGGCUGAGCCCGGCCACCAUGAGAAGGAAACCCAUUUCAGCCGCUUGUAUCCGCGAUCUUGUUCUUUCGGUCAUUACCCAAAGUUCAUGACCAUAGGUGAGGAUCGGCACGUAGAUCGACCGGUAAAUCGAUGGUCCCGUCCCCUACCCUCCUACAAAAACAGCAGCGCUGUCUUCGCCCACGACUCAGAGGCGGAUUUCUAAUAAGCUACUGGAGCUCUGUAGAAGAGAAGCCCUUGAAAAUGACACAGAUAACGUGAUUUUGGCUAAAAACUUCGUAAUCACAAUUUAAAGCCCACUGAUAACACUUCAACUAGGAAAAAAAAAAGAUCAGAGUGGAACUUUAAUUGACAACGACCCCUAACUGAGAGGCAGUUUUUAAAGUGUGUAUGAAGGUGAAAAUAUUAUCUAUAAAGCUGUGGGAACAGCCAAAUCUACAUCUCUUGACCGCAAAAUCCCACCAGAGAAGAUAUGUGGGUCUGGGGCGUCUUUGGCUCUGGUCCACAUUCGAGUCUUUUCCAGAGACCUUAGCAGCCCUUGUGCCUGCCGGCAUCAGGAGGAAGUGGACUAACUCGCUCUCUGUCUGUCUGAAUACCCUCAUUAAUCCUGUUGUAGCCCGAGUCUGAAGGAUCGAGGCGGGUUCUCUCCUCCUGCGUUUGCCCUACAUGGUGCAUUAAGUAAACUAAUGCGAUCCCGCAGGAAACCCGCCGGAACCUCCCCCGUCUGGUUGGUGGUCUAGCUGCAGCACCGGCUCUGAGACACAGCCUGUUCAUGUUUUAUAAUGUUAAGAGCUGCAUUAUGGGGAUCUAAUUAAGACAGAGUAGUCUACAGUCUUGAGAAAAGUGGAUCGGUUUCAGCGGUCGGGCAAUAACGUGGAGAGUGGCGCAUGCUGCAUUUUUACAGUCUCAUGACAUUCCUUCAAUCUAAUUUGAAGCAGGCGUAGAAUACAGAUCAUAACAUUGGCCUCUUUGUUUUAUUUAUGCAGCGUGCAGCUUCGACUCCAUCUGUUCUACCUGUUUCACUCAAACUCAACCCUGCUAAAAUGUCUUCGUUUGUGUCUGACAUCAACCUAACAUGGUCUCUCCUCUUGUAUCUUUGUUUCUGUAGUCCUGUUCGAACACUGAGUGCUGGACCCUUCAGUGCAAAGUGGGUCUCCUGGAGAAGGGGACCACAGCCAUCCUCAAAGUGCGCUCCAGGGUCUGGGCCGAGACCUUCAUCGAGGUUCGUUGACAUUCGAUUUCUCUUUUCCAUUUUUACCAAAACACUUAAAAAUGACAUAUUGUGAGCGGAUCUGCAGCACAGACAUGUCUCACAUAUUUGUUUGGACUGGUUCUGGAUCUGCCAGCAUGAGCAGCAGUCUCACAUAUUUUAACAACGCAUGCGACAACAGUUGAAGCGUAAAUAGAAAGCGGACUGCAGAUUUCAUUCUGUCAUAUGUGUCAUGUUUGAGCUCCACACAGGCUGUUUUACACGCCCUGCAUGCUGCUUCACAGCAGAAAUUCAUGAUCUGGUGUGACUGCUUCUCUUGAGAAAGGAAUGCAGGAGAUAUUUUCCAUUAAAAAAGCAUGCGGUCUCCGUCGCCACCUAGAGCUUUGCAAGUGUAUUGCGUGCGCCUCUUUGAUUCUCAAAACUCGUGCUGCUUCCUCGUUCAGAGAUCCUAUAAACAGUACGUGCUGGAGUGCCUGGCCAAAUACAACGUGAAGAAGAUGCCGUACGCCAUCCUACCAAGAUAUAACCCAAGUGGACACAAAAAGGUAAAUUUGAUCUGUCUUUUUAAUCAUUUUAAGGAGCUGUUUUGAUUUCACGUCUUGAGUUAAUAUUAAAAAUGUGUUUUUAUUCUCAGGUGGUGACUCCUGUGGUGUGGAACAAGCCAGAUAUCGAGAACUCGGUUCCUCUCUGGAUCAUCAUACUGGCCAUUUUAGCUGGUUUGCUGCUCCUGGCUCUACUAAUAUACGUCCUUUACAAGGUCAGUGCUUUUUCAACCUUCCUCCUGUGUUAUCUUUUACUACACACCCACCAUGUUAAGGGUUGGUUUUGACCUGUGUCUUAAAUCAGCUGUAAAUUACACUAAAAACAAUUCUCUAUCAUCUAAUAUGGUUCUCAUCUCUAGGUUACCUUGUUAGGCUCCAUUAUCCAUGAAAAUAUUGCUUAUAAUAGUUUUUGUAGUGGGCCUCUGGGCCUUUCAUCUAUACAGAAUUGGUCUCACAUGUCUGGACAUGCCCGAUGUAGUUUUUUGUGCAGGGAAUAACAUGGAAAAAUGAGAAUUUCCUAAAUCUCACAUGGUUGGAGGGAGAUCUGAUCGUCAGUGUGGUGCCUGACAGUGCACUUAUGAUUUCAGUUUUUGCUCUAAUUAUUAGAUAUUGAACUAACUGGGUCAAAUAAUAAGAGCAUUUUAUAAUUUAGUCAAUUUAUUUUUUUAUUUUUGUUAAAAUAGAGAUUCCUGAUGCAAAAAGCUGAUUUAAGUGGUUCUUUUAAGCAUUUAAAAUCAAGAAGGGCUCGGUGCAGAGCCCAACACAGGAGGGGAGUGAAGGAUUUUGUCAUAUGAACUUUAAAUGAACUCAUGAAGUCUGUGUUUAUUUCUAAUUUUUGCCUUUUUUUAAAAUGUUUUCUUGCAGUUCGGCUUCUUCAAGCGAUCUGUACCGUACGGCACGGCCAUGGAGAAAGCACAACUCAAACCGCAGGCUGCCUCCGAGGCCUAGACGGGCUCACAGAACCACAGUACCUGGCCAUAUGAUUGCAAUGGAGAAACUCGCUGGAUGACGAUAAUGAUGAUGAUGAUGAUGAAGAAGAGUGUUAUCAAGAAGCAGUUAAGCCAAAGAGAGACCACUGGAACUCCACUGUGCUGCACUAGAGGAAAAUCCAAAGAUCUCCACGCCAAAUGAAUGUUUUUGUUUUUGUUCUUUUUUAAUUUAUGUUUGUUGGCAGGUUGGGAUUGUUACCAAAUCAAACUUUUUCUCAAUGCCUGAAGGUUAACACGAGGAGAAAGAGGCGCCCGUAGAGUCCUCUGUUACGCCUUUAACUGCUUUAUUUUGGUGCUAAUGAUCCGGUGUGUUCACGUGUAGCUUGCAGCAGCCAGGAGCUGCGAUUAAGCCGCCUGCUUAGGCCUCCAAGUAUUCCUCUGGCACGUGGUUUAAUCGAUGAAAAUGAGGCAAGAUUACCCACUGAGAUUUGAAAGCUUUAAUCCAGUUGUAGCUCCAGAAGUUUUCCAUGCGUGCUGGGAUGGGCUAACCCAGCAUCCUGCAACCCUGAUCAGGACAAAACCCACGGAUGGAUGUUUCUGAACUGUUUAUGAAAAAUGAUCUCUCUGCCUCAGGUUGGUGGACGGCGCUGGGUUGUUUUUGCACUCAAAGGAAAUCUACUGAUGUAAAUCCAAAGACACCUGAGACUGACUGACUGACUGACCUUCCUUUGAGUUUCUUACUUUGACUCCUACUGAUGAAUUUGUUGGAACUUUUCUGUCCUCUUAUUAUUUUUUUGGCUCAUGUUCAGAGUUGCCUAUGCAAGCGUAGCUGACUGGGACGGGACUGGAACCACCGACCACCGAUGCGUGGAACCUCACAUUACUUGGCUGUUUUCACUCCUGCUCGGUUCAUGCAAGCAAAUGAGAAACAAGAUUUAAAGUCUGAACCAAAUACGGGACAAUCAGCGACUUUGUAGAGCUGAUUUUGAGUGUGACGGAUCCUGUGAGACACUGUAAGCAAAAACCGCCUAAAAAAAGAAGAAGAAGAAGAAGCGGCUGAAAUCAUCCCACUACCCAGAGGCUACAGGGACUGAACAUUAGGAUGCUUUGUGUUUUCAUGUACAUAGAUUCAAUGUGCCUUACAUGUAAAUAUUUUGAGUCUGUGGGCUGGGGUUGUGUGUGAUGCGUGUAUAAAAAAGUGUGAAUGGUAUAUUUAUGGAUGUCUGUUUUGUGUAUGAAUCGAGCUUUCCCACUGCUUAGUCCUGUUUCUCUUGAUCACCUCUUAGCUCCAGAUCAUUGAGGUUAAAGCCGUUCUGUUUCAUCAAAAUGCUUAAAAUUCAGGAUUCAGGUAAAGAUUUAAGUUCUUACCUCAGUGGAAAAAAAGCGAAAAGGCUGUCGGGAUGUCUCGCACCUCCGACAAAGGGAUAACAACUAGGCUCUGGGAAAUAGACGUUUGUUUGGAAGUGCAAUAUUUAUAUUCACUCUAUUUUUACAGUGCUUUCUUUCUUUUGUGUUUGGAUGAAUUUGUGAUAAACCAGAACAUUUUCUGGCUUUCACUCCCGCUCGCUUUUCCACUAAGUGUGAUCUUUUUGUUUUUUUUUGUUCUCACCACUUAAUCGCAGGACCACUUUUCUAAUCGUACCACAGGCUGACAAAAAACAGCAGAACAUAUCUGAGUUGAACUCCGGUGUGUUGAAAUAGUCGGAUAAUUUAUGUGCUCUGCUGCUGCCGCACCUGUCCAAACACCAACAUGAUACUAACCACAUGUUUAACAUUCAUUUGCCUCAUCGCACUCUUUCCCCUUCCUUUAAGAAAGUGAUUUACUGUUUGUCAAACGGUCCACAAAAUCCCCAUUUGGUGUUUCAUUUAAAACAUUUAACAUCGCAUUUGUCCUGUAUUUUUUCACCUGAACGUGUCGGUCCAUCAUUUAUAACGACAGGGGAUCAUUUCACUACUUCCUCCGGGUUACAUCAGGAGAAGGCACUGGUUUUUAUUUCCUUUUUGUACAAGUUUAAGCCCAAUUUCACUCUCCAGGACUUCCAUUAAAGAAGUUGUACAUAUUCAUGACGAGGAGAGAAAGUUUGAAUUUAAAGGAUUUGUUGUGAAUUUUUCUCACCCCAUAUUGGGGGGGACAUUUUUGUCAUGGGGGUGGGGGAAGGGGAUUUUGGAGGUUGUUUUUUUUUUUUUUUUUUUACCUGUCGUUGUUUGUAUUUUAAAUAAAAUAUUUCUCUUUUUACAAA